AUGAAAUGGAUGGUACACCCUAUCACCUCCUUCAAAAUGAUAGUAAUAACCGUCAUAGCCUACUUCAAUUGGCGUAAAUUCACACCAGGCGCUUUCAACCCAUUUGAACCUCUUCUAUUACUCUCCAACCCUGUACCUAGACACCCAGAGGAUCCAGAAGGCACAGUACGUUACGCCAAGUCUUACAAAGACAUCCUAUUCGUACUCUUCUAUGUCGUAGUAUUCUCAUUUACGAGACAAUUCAUCACUAUCUACCUUCUUCGCCCAUUAGCUUACAAACUUGGUGUCAGAAAAGAAGCUAAAGUUCUCAGAUUCUUAGAACAAGCUUACACAUUCAUUUAUUUCUCAUUCUCAGGCGCAAUUGGUAUUUGGGUCAUGUAUCAAGAGCCAACUUGGUGGUAUAAAACUGAACAUUUCUGGUUAGGUUACCCACAUUGGGAUAUGAAGCCACAUAUUAAACUUUACUACCUCCUUCAAACUUCCUAUUGGCUUCAACAAAUGUUGGUUCUUAUCCUCGGUUUGGAGAAACCUCGUAAGGAUUUCAACGAACUUAUUAUGCAUCAUAUUGUAACUCUCUGGCUUGUCCUUUGGAGUUACCUUAUCAACCUCAGCAUGAUUGGAAAUGCAAUUUUUGUGACAAUGGAUGUUUCAGAUAUCUUCCUAGCUCUCGCAAAGUGUUUCAAUUAUGUCAGACCAGGCCACUGGGUGGGUAACUUCAUCUUCGGAUUCUUCAUACUGGUUUGGUCUUACAUGCGUCAUUGGCUCAACCUCAGAAUCCUUUGGUCCGUUUGGUACGAAUUUGACCUUAUUCCAUCAGAAGCUAGGCGUUGGUGGACACCAGACGGUGUUUGGAUGGUAGACUGGAUGAAAUACCAGAUUUUCUUACCAAUACUUGCAUUACAGCUUCUUAAUCUUUUCUGGUACUUCCUUAUCUGGAGAAUUCUCAUUAGAGCACUCCUAUACAACCAUCUAGCAGACGAGAGAUCAGAUGAUGAAGAGGAAGAGGAGGAGAAUGACAAGAAUAAAUAG